AUGGAACGUCCCUUUCUCCUGCUCUUGUUUGUUGUAUCCGUCGCCGCGUUCCUCGUCAAUGAACUGUUCGCGAUCCAAGGACUUAUCGAAUUCUGCGCUCCCUGUACUGAAGAAGGUAUUCUAAACAUGCUAGGAGGAACUCUGACGGCUGUCUUAGUUGCUGUCUUGGUUUUCGAGGGCUACAAGCGGUGUCGCGAGGAGAAUAACGAGGAAUAUGAGGAACGUCGGAGGCUGGCACGGGCAGCCACACUGCAUGAGCAACAGGACGAUGAAGUUGAGAAGGCGUCACUUCUAGACUCUCAGCUGGCUAAUCCUACGCCUAAAAGAGCCACGGCAGAGGCCGCACACACCUCCGAUCCCACUUUACCUAACGGUGCCUCGAAUAAAGCACCGGACAUUGCUGUCGGAGCCACGGAUACUAUCACAAGUGAUACCAACGAUACGACUAUAUGGCUUGAGGGGUUGUUGGGAACAGCUAAGGAUUCGUUGCCUGAAGCUGCGGGGACGUUUUUGAUUGUCGAGCUACGAAGAUCCAAGAUGGUAUCCCAGGAAACAACGUUGUCCUCGCUGCUUCUACGAACGGAGCCACCAAGCCACCUGGAGUAUACCAUCGCCGUGUCGAGCAUUUCCAGCUGGAAUCUGAACAUUUUUCAAGACGAGUCCAACCGUGAUUCCGUUUUGUUACACGCUGACCGUGUCUUGUCGCGUCUAAAGAAGCUAUUUGAAGCUUUUCAACAACAAGACCUGCACCAGGACGUCUUAGAAGGACUUGUUCGGGGCCUCGUUCUUCCCCUCAUCCAUGAUGUCGACCCGCUGUUUACGGUCGACCAAGCUUUUCCUUUGGUCGGAGCUGCUCUCCCAAUCGUUACAAAAGCGUCAUCGUCAUGUAUUCGAGAGGCUGCGAAGGUAUUGCUCGACGUCGAUGGUCUGCUCGAGCGACUGCUCUCGCACGAGCGCUACAUUGUGGUGCUGAAGGAGUGGUUCUCGUCGAAGAAUAGCCACCUGGACAAGAUACUUGUCAAGAGGCUCACAGACAAGCUGGUGGGAAUGUGUGAUAACUGCACCGGUCGCCAUGGCAUCCAGACAGUCUGUCAGGAGUGGCAUACGGUCAAGGCUCUGAUGGAGUCCUUGGCUUAUUUGGCUAAUUUUGUGGAAGGUGAGGAGUUAAAACAACAUCAGAAGAUCCGCGAUCUUCCUCUUCUUGCUGGGAUGAGAAUGCUUGACCGGGACGACAAGAAGACGAAUCGAGCACGCCAGGCAAAGCAGAGAGAACUCAGUAUUCCUGAGCCGACUUGGCAACAGCUAUCGUUGCUCGGUAUCAAGAAGCCCGAGUCACUUCGAGCCGUUCAAAAUAUCCAGGAGGAGCUUGAGAGCGAAAGGACUGCGUCUAUUUUACGCGCUGUCAUCGAUACCUAUCCUUGUAGGCUCUGCUGGGAAGUGGUAACUGGAAAGUCAUCACUACCCGUAUACAAAGUCAAGCUUUCCGAGAACACCAAAGGCAGCAGUGUCAAAUGCGAUAUAUUUGGGAAGCGCAUCGGACUUUGGAAAGUUCUGCUGACGGACCGGGCUUUCAAGAGCUCUAGGAAGCUAGCACGUACAGGGUCCUUUGAUAGGGUGGAGCGGAAGCUCAGGGAGCUUGCUAACGGUCAAUGGAAAGGAAAGGAUAUAUCGCACCGUGUCGGCACCAAAAAGCAGAGACACGAAAUGCGGAUCCCCGUUCUUCAGGCCGUUGUCACACGCGAGUUGUCCAUGCUGUGGCAGAUAGACAUUGGCUUCUACGAGGACCAGCCCUGGGAGAGGCAGCAAGUUGUCAAAGUUUGGCACAUCGUCGAUUCCGAAGAUGAGAUACCCAAUGCCAUAAACCAGGUCAUUUUCCUUCAGCAAGCCUAUACUACCGACGAUGUCCAUAUGUGCUCCCAGCGUCCAAUUCAGCAGUCGGAUGGGAGGUUUUUGCCAGCGAAAUUUGAUAAUAUAAAAAACAACAGGAACUAUUCCCGACCAGAGCCUGCUCCUGCUUCAAAGGCAGCGAACAGAGAGCUCAUCGACAUGUCAAACAAGUUCUACAGUCUCACCGAACCAUUCCUGAGAACCAUAGUCCAUGCUACUGGCGCCGAAGAGGUUCCAUUUGAUUUAUCUCCGGAGGAAAUUGAAAUUGUCAGCCAUUUCAAUACCUCCAGCUUGAUUCUGGGACGAAGCGGGACUGGGAAGACUACUUGUCUUCUUUUCAAGAUUCUUGCGAAAUAUAGGGCCCAAUCGAUGUCGGACGGGCCACCUAUCCGACAGCUUCUCCUCACGCGCUCGCCGUAUCUGGCUUCGAAAUUACAAACUUACGCAAAAAGCUUGAUUCAGACUCAAGCUCACGGAAAGCCUCUUGUAAAUAUGAGUGAUGAAGACGAUGACCUCCUGAAUGAAGAGGGAUCUGACGAGCCGCUGUCGCUGUUCUCUUUGGAAGACAAGAGUUUCCCGUUUGUUUGUACCUACGAUCAACUGCUGCGACUUCUCGACAAUACCAUCCAGAGGGCUGACCGCAGUAAUUUCCUUCAUGAUGGGCCUACUGCUUCAGCUAAUGUUGCUAGAAGAGUAGGCGUCUCCAGAGGACCGAGGAUGGUCGACUUUAACGCAUUCAAAGUCGAAUACUGGACGUGCUUGGCCGGCAUAAUACCUUCACAGUGUCCACCAGAGCUUUUGUUCUCAGAAAUCAUGGGUGUCAUCAAAGGCUCGAGCUUAACCGCCAUGUCGCUGGAAUGGCUCGCUCGUGAGCAAUAUCUCUCGAGAAGCUCUAAGGCCUCUCCAGCAUUCUCUGGCGAGGCUGACCGUGAGCGAGUGUACGCAGCAUUUGAGCGCUAUGAGAAGUUGAAAAAGCAAAGGAAUGAAGUUGAUGAGCUAGACCGGGUCCUUGGGCUGCUGCGUUCUCUCAGGAACGAUCCUGCUUUGAGCCAAUUGGUGCGUCAGGGUUUCGAGGAAAUCUAUGUCGACGAGGUCCAAGAUCUGCGGUGUUUGGAUAUAGUUCUGCUUCUCAACUGUGUUUGUGAUGCUCGCGGCGUUCAUCUUGCUGGAGAUACUGCGCAAUGCAUAUCCAAGGAUUCAUUCUUUCGAUUCCCCGAGAUAAAGGCCGUGUUCUUCGAGCAUUAUGACUCUGUCGCCGCUGAAACAGGCCAACCGGAAUUGGCAAAGCCAACCCAAUUCUCGCUGGCGAAGAACUAUCGUUCUCAUCAAGGGAUCUUGAGUCUUGCUUCGUUUACGAUGCAAAUGUUGUGGAACGGGUUUCCUGACGCGAUUGACAAACUGGAUCCGGAAAUAGGUCAAGUAGGGGGUCCACGGCCAAUGAUAUUUGUCGGCUUUGACUCCGGGAUCCUCUCUGCCAAGAUGAUCGGACUCGUGAAGCUCAAUGACAGGGUUGCAGACUUUGGCGCUGAGCAAGUGAUUCUUGUCCGCGAUGAAAUCGCAAAGGAUCGACUCCAGAAGCAGAUUGGAGAGAUUGCGCUUGUUCUCACUAUUUUGGAGAGUAAAGGUAUGGAAUUUGACGAUGUCCUCGCUUACGACUUUUUCAGUGGAAGCAAUCUUGGAAGCAGUUAUCGAUGCCUUCAUCUUCUGGCUCGGGGGGCGAAAAGUCAAUUUGACUCCCAGCGACAUACUGGUCUGUGCUCUGAAUUGAAACACCUCUACGUUGCAAUUACCAGAGCUCGGAAUCAACUGUGGUUUGUCGAAAGAAACGAAAGCAGCGUGGACCCGGUCCUUCAGGCACUUCGCGCCAACAGAAGUGAGCAAUUCGUUGAAGUAGUGAAGCGGAAGGAUCCAGAUGUCGCGGAAAAGGUUAAGGUUUUAAGAGCCGGUGGUUCGGUUGAUCCCGAGAGAUGGAUCAAGCGUGGGGCACACCUCCUCCGCCAGAAAAACUUUGCCGAUGCUCUCUUCUGCUUCAAAAAGGCCAGCUACAAGAAAGGAAUUAAAGAGUCCCAAGCUUAUCUCUAUGAGCAGCAAGGAAGAACCUGUCGCGCGGCAGGGGACUUGGAUGGCUACUCCGACAAUUACGACAAGGCCAUUGAACUCUUCGUUGAGAUUGGUAUGAUUCGAGAAGCAGCAAAGUUCUUGGAGAGUCUCGAGAGAUACGAAAGGGUCGCCAGGCUUUGGGAGGAGAAUGGUCAGCACCUGAAAGCUGCCGUUUUCUACGAGAAGGCGGGGCUUUUCGUAAAUGCUUCGCACUCCUACGACGUUGUUGGAAAGUGCGAAGAAGCCGUAGAGGUUUUAUGCCGUGGUGAACUUUUCGAUGAGCUUAUCGGAUAUAUCCAUCGAAACAGUGCAAGGAUUUCCGACAACACCAUCCACAGAUAUUCGAGACUUUGCAACAUCCUUCUGAAGCAGGGGCGUAUCUCUCCAAAGUUGCGUGCGAAGACAAUCGACUUGCUCGGAUCCGACGUGGACAAGGAACAGUUUUUCCGAGAAUUUGAAUUGUUUGACCACCUUGGCACUCUGUAUUCGUCCAAGAAGAGAUACAGUGACCUCUUCAACAUUUGUGUGCUUACAGGGGACCUCACCUCCGCCAUAAACGCUGCGAUCUCGUACGACCUGGGUUAUACCGUCGAGGAAAGUAGUGUCGAAACGGUCUUUCACUAUGUGAUGGCGGAAACUGUUUUUGCACACAGAGGCUUAAUCAAAAUGGAAGUCAAUCAACGGGGUGCGCUGCUCAAACCCCAUAAGUUACCAUACUUGACAAGAAUUGCCUCGCAGUGGAAGAAGGCAUUUGACCUCAUUGGCCGUUUUGAGGACGAAGGGGAGCCUUACAACAUCUCGCCUCUGGAAGACGGCCGCGUGAAGGACUUCUUGUGUUUGUUUGCCAUUGCGUUCGAAGGACACUCGUUUGCUCGUUCGAAGGUCUCUCUUAUCCCUUUGGAUGUUGUUACUCAGGCUGGGAAGAUCAUGCAGAACCUAAAUUCGGAGGACACCGCAUUGCAAGAGGGCCUCUUGCUUCUUUUUGGAGUCUUCCGCAUGUCUGGCUCCACCGGAAAGACGGUCCUUCGCCCAUGGUCGCCUUUGGCUGCUGACAGUUCCGAGAGCACGACGUCGUAUUCAUUUGAGGAUCUGCUUCGACGUGCAAAGGAAUGGAUUGUCCCCAAGUUUUCAGAGAUAGUCGCUGUCCUUGACGAUACAUUGAGCAAACUCUGGAAGUUAGAGACGCAGAAACGGUGUAUCUCCUUUAUUACCAGAGGCAAUUGUUCGAACAAACUGAAAGGUUGUACAUACAUGCACGAGGUUCCAAAUACCGAAUACUGUACCUCAAGAGUAAAUGGACUAUUGAGAAUAUGUUCAGUAUUUUGCCAACUCACGCCACUUUACCUCCAAAUGACCAUGGACGAUGACUUCCAAAGGCGAUUUCUGGGGCGCAGGCGGCGCUGGCUAGAGAACCUGAUUGAAGAAUUGACAGUUGUCACGUCUUUCGAACAAUCACCCGAAGCAACAGUCCUUGCGCAAUCUCACAUUCGAACCAACAGGCAACUUGCAGCAACUUCUUCCUGCUUGGAAGAGCUCGUGUUUUAUCGACUAGCGAAAGAAUGGACGAGUCGUCAGAGCCUCACAAUGAUGCUGGAGCAAGCUCAUCUGGCUCGUUUCUUGGACCCGCAGAUAAGCGUACGGUUUAGUCGAGCGUUGCACCAUAUGGUCUGGUAUACCUUACAACGGCAAGGGGUGAACAGUAGCCUGGAGACUGCACAUAACGCCGUGCUCCAUACAGAGGGAAUUCGCAAUGCAAUGGCAUCGAACAAUUUCAAUAUUUUCGCCUCGCAAAUUGGAGCAUUCCUGUGCCAUGUCGAGUACAUUGACCUCAACGCGCUCUAUGCGUAUGAGGCGUUGAUGUCGGUGUUUGACUUCACGGCUACAUAUCUGUUAAGCAUGAUCAACCCCGGGAAUGCAGUGGCCAUCCCAUGGUCUUGGGCAGCGUUGCACCUUCCAGCGAUAAUGCAUGCUCGCAAUGCUAAGUCCGGAGGGAUGCCAGAUCAAGCAAUUUUCGUUUAUGGAAGCUGUCUCCUGAACCUUACCGCUGGCUUCUGCAGGAUUGUUAGCAAUCUGGAACGAGCCAUGAGUCAGUACGGCGGCUACGGCCUCUCCUUCGGCCGCGCUCGUCCGGCCGCCUUUAUCAGAAGGCGAAACUCUGACUUCCUUGCUACCGUUGUCCUGAAUCUUGGUAACUGGCCGCUUCCGCUGAGGGGAAUAUCCGAACUCAUAAACCAGGUUCAAGCUUCUUUACCACCCCCUUCUGCUUCAGGCUCUAGCUUCCUCAAACGACUGCAAGAAGAUCUCUUGGGUUCUUUUCGCCUGUACAAUGGAAAGGACAAGAUGUGUAUUAUCACCCUUGACGACAAAGCGACUCACCCUUUUUACCUAAGUAGCUUCUUCGAGAAGGGAGUUCUCGUUACCAAGUUAAGCGACAUACUCCAAGGCUUCCAGGGAAUAGCAGAAGCAGUCGCCGCCUCCGAUGAGAAACGACAGGAUAUGAACAAGUCUGAAGAGGACGAGUACAUGGGCUUUAACCCUGAGAUAAUUGUGCAUCUACAGAGGCGUUGGAGGAUUAUAUUAACCAGGAUCCAUGAGCAGCGCCGUGCCCGCAAAACCCACCACGGCCAAAUUCUGAUCUCGAUACAGAAAAUAUGCUCGGUAGUCUUGGAUGGAGAGCGGGGAACUCGUGCUUUCUCGGACAUUCUGAAGAUCCAUAUCAGAGCUCUAUUGUUCACGCAAGGUAUCACCAUCCUAAUCGAGAUCGACAAAGCGACUAGGACCAUUCGAGCGGCCCGCGACAGCUGGAAGGCAGCCAUUGAGCGUGCCUUCACCAUCUCCGAGAUCGAGGUGCUGGACAACAUCACUCCUCAGAUCGGCAACGUUGAGUCCAAGCUGAGCAAUCUAAUGGAGGUGUGGUCGCUCCAUGGCUUUGAGAAGCACAUCCCACGUACUUCACCUGAGAAAUGGAGGGCUGGGGCUUGUCAGGCCGUCCGUGCUCUCAAAUCUAUCAAAUAUGAGGUCGAUGCGGUGGAGCGUAAGCUCGCUUCCACUGCGGAGUCGGGGGCUUGAUCUGACAUUAUUAUUUUAUUCACCUGUACCUAUAUCCUGUUGCAUGUACCUAGAUUGAUCUCCGCAUUUUAUCAUGGAGCAGGAUGUGAUUGUAUGAGUAUGGAAAUCUACAACUGUGACAUCCGCACAGGAAGCUCGCCUAAAAAAGAAAAAUCUCGUUACCAUCC